AUGCUCGACAUUGGACAACUUCCAGGGUGUGACAACUACAUGCCAUACAGCGACUUGAUGCCCGAUAGCGACUACAACUUCAGUAAUGCCGCUUCUCCUCCGAGCCCAGACAUAUGCAUUAGCUGGCGCGACAGGUUCUCGUUCCAAAACAACGACCUGCAAGCCAUUCCGAAGACGGGUGGUGCUAUCACGAAGUUGUACGCGAUUCCUACGAACCCACGUACGGAUCCUAUCUACUACACCAUCGUUUCGACUUGCCCUGCAGGUUGCCCUUGGACCGAUUAUUCCAAUUUCAAUUUAUUCGAUGGCGUUUUGAUAAGCUACAAUUCGAUGCCCUUAGCUCCCAACGUUGGAGACUCUCAAGCCUUCAUUUCCCGAUGGCCACAGACUGUGGUAGGUUACAGCGGGUACUGUGCAAAGCCUAAUCCCAUUUCGCCUGACGGCCCAUUCAUUGGUUACCCUCUCUUGUCAGCCUCACGACAUACCGAUUUGUGGGCACUGUGCACGAAUACCACGGCUAACAACCGCCUGGACAUCGUCUAUUCCCCUAUCCCCAAUCAUCCUCAAUAUACAGCGUCCGCCUGCCAGGAAGUCUAUAUCCAGAUGGCCCCGUAA